ACACCAUCACACACACACUGCUGGAGCUACUACACACCUGCUUACACACGCACAUGUCAGAUACAGAGCAGUGUUUGGUGGUGGAGCUGCUGAACGUGCUGGUGUGUUUGGAUCCUCACAGUUCUGACGUCACUUCUGAGCUGCUCAGUCUGCUGGCUGAUAAACGGCUGAGAUUACAGGGUGUUGUGGUGUGUAUGCUGCAGGCUGUAGGACUGGAUGAUGUUCAGCGGUGGCUCGGUCCUCAGCUGGAGUCGUGGUACAGCACAGCUCAGAAACACAUGGACCCUCAGAGUCACCUGAGAGAGGCUGUACGGAACUGGCUCCACAUCUGGACCUCCAAGUACAAAAUGCACAAGAGGUCAGGAGAGAAGAGUGUCAUCUCAGCCGCUGAGGUCGUGCGUUAUUUCUGCCAGGUACAGGCUAAACCACCAGCACCACCACCGGACAGGAAAGAGACCGGUCUUAUGGACCCAAAAUCAAACAGGUGGAAGAUGCUUCAGCGACUAAACGAGACAAACAGCAUGACACCAACACGAGAACCAAGAGCACUGUGGUUACCUCCGCUAGCAUCGAGACCAUUACUGAUGGGAUUUACUCGAGCGCUGUCUCUCCCAAUGCCUCGAGUCACUACAUCUUCAUUUCCAUUCACUCUGGAGGUACACUGCCUGAGGAGAACACCACUGCAGCAGCGCUACUUCCACCUAGAGAGAUCCUACGUCCAUUACUACAGAUAA